AUUGUGCCCCAGUGACAUUUGCCUCGUGAAGUUAAAGCUGCAUGCAGUGAUCGGCUGUUAUUCUGUUGUGUAAUCUGAUAGAAAUGCUAUGGUGUUCAAAAUAUGAAGAAAAUAUCCAACAAAUAACUAGUUAUCUAUUUUUCCCAGUUUGAUCGGCGUUUAGUAUAAUAUGGCCAAAUAUAUUGCCCAAAUCAUUGUGCUGGGAACGCAGAUCGUAGGCCGGGCCUUCGCACGAGCGCUAAAACAGGAAAUAGCAGCUUCACAGGAAGCCGCGAAAAGAGCUGGUGGUGGCCAACAGGGUCAAAAUCGCGUUGCGGCUAAUUUGAAAACAGGCAUUACACUAGAGGAGGCGCAACAAAUUUUGAACGUAUCGAAACUGGAUCCCGAGGAAAUUCAGAAGAACUACGAUCACUUGUUUUCAGUAAACGAUAAAUCCAAGGGUGGUUCAUUCUAUCUGCAGUCAAAAGUAUUCCGAGCGAAAGAGCGGAUAGACCAAGAAUUGAAGGCCGAAGGUAAACCUCCAGAAACAUGCGAACGGAAGGAACAAAUCUAAGUAGGACUAUGAUGAGCAGGUGCUCCUUUUUACUUAUGUUUCACUAUUAUGUAUGUUUAGAGUCAAAUUUAAUGGACAUUUGAUCCUACA